CUGGGAUUUAAUUAGAGCUGCUGGAAGGGUCCUUUCAGUUUGAGUCUUCUGGUUUAUUAUAUUAUACAUUCAGGGUUGAAGAAGAAGAAGAUCAGAAAGAUUGAGAGAGAGAUAUUCGAUCAUCUUAAUUUGAUAGAGAUAAGUAGUGAAAAUGUCAUCUACUAAUAGCGGUGGUGAGGGGGAUCAGGUACCGGGGGAGGCAACUAAGACGGGGACGGCCAUCCUUGAGACCGCCACGUCCGCCAUCCAAUCCUUCUCCCCCAUCAACAAAAUCCACCACCACCUCUGCGCAUUUCAUUUUUACGGGGAUGACAUGACGAGGCAAGUGGAGGCGCACCACUUUUGCGCGCACCAGGAUAAGAACGGGGAGUUGCGGCAGUGCCUGAUAUACGACCGACCGGGCCCCGGCGCCCGCCUCAUCGGGGUGGAGUACCUGGUGUCGGGUGCCCUCUUUCAUACGCUGCCCGACGCCGAGAAGCGCCUUUGGCAUUCCCACGAGUACGAGGUGAAGAGCGGCGUCCUGUUCAUGCCCGGUAUGCCUUCCGCCCUCCAGCGCCAGCCCCUCUCCGAGAUCUCCACGACUUACGGCAAGACCUUCCACUUCUGGCAGGUGGACAGGGGCGACAGCCUCCCCCUCGGCCUUCCCUCGCUCAUGAUGGCCCUCACCAGAGACGGUCAACUUUAUGAACACCUUGCUGCGGAUGUUCAGAAGCGUUUUGGCGUAUGUUUUGAGGAGGAGAAAAAGAACAGAGAAUACAUGAAGGGACCAGAGCACGGUAUACACCCGCUGGCCAAUGGAGGAGGGAAGGGGCUGAAGACAAAGCUGAGGGCGACGGAUUUUGUGCCCAUCUGAAAUUUCAGUUGUUUGGGUCUCUUAUUAAUUGGAUAUGUAUGUAGUCUGUGUGUGCCGUCGGGAAUUUUGUUUAUGCGCUAGGCUCCUAGCGAGCUUUGCAUCCAUAUCCAUAAGGGCUUAGUGCUGCUUUUGGGGCCCGGCCGGGUGGGGAUUAUAUAUGGGUUUCCCGUCGUCGGUUCAGUAUGUGCGUGCUGUUAUUUUGGUCUGUGACGUGAGCGCAUUUGAUUUAAAUUACAUUGCGUUAUUAGGUUGGAUGUUAAUUUUACAGCUUUUUUUAGUGUUGUGGAGUUGUGUGGAAGGUUGAAAUUACCUUACAUCAGAAGUGUGGAUGUGUGUACGUGACUUGGCUAGCUAGAACCAAUGGUUAAAUCUCUUCCAUUGCAUGUUGUAAAAAUAUCAAAGUGAUAAGAGUAGAAGAAAGACAGAAAUAUUCAAGUUCA